UUUUCAUAUCUUUUCCCUUCUCCCUAGGCUGGUCCCUGCAGACGUCUUGCCAUUUCUAUGAUCGGGUGCUGGGAAGCCCACUGGUCCCAAGGUCUACACAUGAAGUCACCAUAAAGAGGGUGGCUCCCGCUUUGUCAGGACCUCAUCGCCGCGAGGUGAGGCUAAGAUGAGCAUAACCAGCGACGAGGUGAACUUUCUGGUCUAUCGGUAUCUCCAGGAGUCAGGUUUUUCUCACUCGGCUUUCACGUUUGGGAUCGAGAGCCACAUCAGUCAGUCCAACAUCAAUGGGACGCUAGUGCCGCCGGCCGCCCUCAUCUCCAUUCUUCAGAAGGGACUACAGUAUGUGGAGGCUGAGAUCAGCAUCAAUGAGGAUGGCACAGUGUUCGACGGCCGUCCCAUAGAGUCCCUGUCCCUGAUAGACGCGGUGAUGCCCGAUGUGGUGCAGACGAGGCAGCAGGCCUUCCGAGAGAAGCUCGCACAGCAGCAGGCCAGUGCAGCGGCCGCGGCAGCGACCACAACAGCGGCUACGACAACCCAAGCAACUGUUUCCCAUCAAAAUCCACCAAAGAAUGGAGAGACCACCGUGAAUGGGGACGAGAAUGGAGCACAUAACAUAAAUAAUCAUUCGAAACCGAUGGAAAUAGAUGGAGAUGUUGAGAUUCCAUCUACCAAAGCCACAGUCCUUCGGGGCCAUGAGUCCGAGGUGUUCAUUUGUGCCUGGAACCCUGUCAGUGAUCUGCUAGCUUCUGGAUCCGGAGACUCAACUGCAAGGAUAUGGAACCUUAAUGAGAACAGCAGCGGGGGUUCCACUCAGCUUGUGUUGAGGCACUGUAUAAGAGAGGGGGGUCACGAUGUCCCGAGUAACAAAGAUGUUACCUCACUGGACUGGAAUAGCGAUGGAACACUAUUGGCUACAGGUUCAUAUGAUGGUUUUGCAAGAAUAUGGACAGAAGAUGGUAACCUGGCCAGCACCUUAGGCCAACAUAAAGGUCCCAUCUUUGCCUUGAAAUGGAACAAAAAGGGGAAUUACAUUUUGAGCGCUGGUGUAGACAAAACAACAAUAAUUUGGGAUGCCCACACAGGAGAAGCCAAACAGCAGUUUCCUUUUCAUUCAGCCCCUGCACUUGAUGUGGACUGGCAGAACAACACGACCUUUGCCUCCUGUAGCACAGACAUGUGUAUCCAUGUGUGCCGGCUCGGCUGUGACCGCCCAGUCAAAACCUUCCAAGGACACACAAACGAGGUCAAUGCCAUCAAAUGGGAUCCUUCUGGAAUGUUGCUAGCAUCCUGCUCAGAUGACAUGACAUUGAAGAUCUGGAGCAUGAAGCAGGACGUGUGUGUCCAUGAUCUUCAGGCUCACAGCAAAGAGAUCUACACCAUCAAGUGGAGCCCCACUGGGCCAGCCACCAGCAACCCAAGCUCCAACAUUAUGUUGGCAAGUGCUUCGUUCGAUUCCACGGUGCGACUGUGGGAUGUCGAGAGAGGUGUCUGCAUUCACACACUCACUAAGCACCAGGAACCUGUCUACAGCGUUGCUUUCAGCCCUGACGGGAGAUACUUGGCCAGUGGUUCCUUUGACAAGUGUGUCCAUAUCUGGAAUACCCAGAGUGGAAGUCUUGUGCACAGCUACCGAGGCACCGGCGGCAUCUUCGAGGUGUGCUGGAAUGCCCGAGGAGACAAAGUGGGCGCCAGUGCAUCUGACGGCUCUGUGUGUGUUUUAGAUCUGCGGAAGUAACCACAAAAUAUUGUAGAAAAAAGAAAAGAAUUCUAACGGACCAGCAGCGAGUGUGUGGGAUUGCAGCACUGUUUAGACACAAUUCUGUCAGCUCCAAGACUGUAAGAACUUGACUUGCGUUAGGGUGUACUUUGAAACCAACUCGUCCCUGGCCACAGGAGUUUAUAUUUCUUCGUAAUCUUCAUCAAGAAGUUUAAAACAAAGCAAAUAACAGAAGCAAACACAGUCAUAUUAAAGGGAGAAAGAACGGUUCCCACCGAGAACAUUCAGCCUAGGAAGCACAAAGCCACCGGCUAGACAGCGCCGAUUAGUUUUCAUCCAGAACAGGCUCUCUGAUGGCUGAACGGAAAGAAACUUAAAAAGCUGUGCCAAAAAAAAAAAAAAAGCAAAAUGCUGUGAUAAACCAAAUGGGGAAAGAAAAAAACCACUCUCCUCCUCAGGGUGGUUUUUUUGUUUUCCCCUAACAAUUUGGACACUACAGUUGCUCUUGCAAAGGAUGUUCAAAAACCAGUUUGUACUGAUGAGAUGCGCGACUUUGUAAUCCCAACACUUUCUAUUUUCUAGAAUCUUCUUUGUUCGUUUGGUGGUUUUUCUAUCAGCUGAAAUUCUGUCUUCUGGGGGCCUUCAGUCUGAGAUAGAAACUGUUUUUGGUUUGUUACUUCUUCCCUGUGUCAUUCCCUGCCCUGUCUGCCUUUCUCCUUUGUCUGGUGAGGUCUGGUUUUAUCAGUGCACCCUCCAAAGAUACAGCCACAUGGACACGAAGACAAAAUCUCUGAUGGACAACUUUCUUCUCCCCACUCUCUCCUGUCCUACCCUCCCACUCCUACCUAUCGCGUGUGUGCGCGUGUUCUCUCUCUCUCUCUC